UACAUGAUCAUUUUUGUGCAUAAAACGUGGGAGAUCCCAAAUUGUGGUCAAUGAAAUAGAAGUUUUAUUCUACACGACUGUAUUCGGGCAGAUCUGUGAAUUCGUUCACUGAUUAUAUUUCAUUGUCAGUCAUUUAAACCAGCUUAACUCAGUAUACUGGUAUUGCAUUUUUUUCAUUUGAAACUCGAAAAUAUCAUUCAUCGAUACGUCAAAAGAGAACUUAUUAUCUGUGAUUGAAUUUUCAUGCUAAUUAUCAAAAAUCUGAUUCGUGAAUAGUGUAACAGUAAUAAUGAUCAUGAGAAUCAUUUUGUUGUUAAUUCCUCUCGUGACGGUGACGAACAAAGUAGUCGUAUUUGGCGAUGAAGUUGGAGAUACGGCACGAUUAAAAUUACUCGUUAUCCUUUUCAGGCAUGGCGAUCGGACUCCUGAGGAAAUCCCGGAAUUGGGAGAUUCACAAGAUUUGGUGGAGGAAUAUGAUUUCUUCCCAAUUGGUCCAGGGGGGCUGACAAAUCGUGGAAAACUGCGAGAAUUCAACCUUGGACGUACGAUAAGAUCAAAAUACGACAAAUUCUUGGGCCCUAUCUAUAGCCCUGAGCUGGUCGAAGCGCGCAGCACAAGUAUAGACCGGACAAAGAUGUCACUUCAAUUGGUUUUAAAUGGUAUUUUUCCUCCGGUACCGAGUCAGCAAUGGAAAGACGGGGUGGACUGGCAGCCAUUUUCCACCAAAUACAAUCGUGCCAAUAAUGACGUGCUUAUGCAGCCCCAUAUAUGUCGGAAAACUAUCGCUGCAUACAAUCGUUUUAGGAACAGCACCGAAUAUGAUAAACUCUUAACCGAGCUCAGCGAUCUGGUGGCCUAUAUUAAAAGAAUGACUGGCAAGGUUUUUACAGAUAUUGCUCAGUUAUCUCUAGUCGCCAAUACUAUUGCCAUGCGAUACGCUCAGGGAUCGAAGUUUCCAGAAUGGAUUGACACGAAUUAUUUAAGCCAUCGGCUGAUGGAUGCUACAAGUAGUUUUUUCCAAGUACGGAACGGCAAUGAUGAACUAAGGAGAUUGCACGGAGGGGCGUUGCUGCGCAAGAUCAUCGACGACUUUCUCAAGUAUCGAAACGGGACUCUAGAUAAAGCCAGAAAACUCUAUCUUUACAGUGGCCAUGAUGUAAACAUCGUCGAUAUCCUGGGUGUUCUUGGUCUCUGGCAACGCCACACACCUCAAUUUUCAAGCUCCAUCAUCAUUGAACUAUUGGAAAAGAACGAACAAUAUUUCGUCAAGGUGAUUUACUAUCUUGGAAUUCCCGCAAAGUUUACCGAACUACAAAUACCAGGGUGUGCCAAGUUAUGCCCUCUAGACGAAUUGAUUAUCCGGAGAAAGAAAUUCAUUGCCACCAAUGACGACCUCACGUGCGAAUAAUUAAAAUUUUGCCUACAUACAUGAUUAUUGUGAGCCAAUUCAUUCACAGCAUCAAGCCUAAAUUCUGGGAAAUUUUCGAACGCAAAGAAAAUGGUCAUUCCGUUUUCCGAAUUUUUGGGACGUACAAAAUAAGCAAAAUAUAAUUACCGAAUACCUCCCUGUAAUCAACCAAUCAAUAUGGUAUUAAUGUGAUAUAAUAUCGUUACCAAAAUCAUUUCCCAUAUUCGUCUGUUGGAAAUUCGUUUUGAGCCAUUUUUUAUCGCAGAAUCUAUCGAUCGUUCGAUGGAGUUAUUAAAAUUAGUGUUAUGGCAUGUUUUGGCAAAUUAAAGAUAAUCAACGGUAUCAAAAAA